GACAAAAAAAAAAAAAACCAGGUAAAAGAGCCCUGGGUUGUGAGAAAUGCAGGUCAGAGUGGUCUCCCUGGUCUGAUGUGCCCGCACUGACUUUCCACGCUUUCCUCGUGUCAAGUGGGUCGCACUAAAUGUCGCACUUUGUUGAGUUUUUAUCCUGGGAGGGGGCACAUCUUGGCAGGGCCCCUCUGGUUGAAGGUGGUGCUGCUGCUACUUUAGGGGUGGCAGAAAUGACCAGCCCUUCCCUGGGGGCCUGUGGACAUGGGAGGGUUAGCUUUCUAGGUCUUUGGAUGCUACGAGCUGGCGUCUAAGUGCUACACACACACACACACACACACACACAUGCACACACACUCCCUCUCUCCCCCACACAUUCCCUCACACACCCACACAUUUAUAUGCACACUUACACACCCUCACACUCACGUUGUACCAUUUAUACACACACUCUCUUCCACAUCUGUACCUAUACAUUUACUUACAUACAUUCUCUCUCUCUUUCUCUCUCUCUCUCUCACACACACACACACACACACACACACACACACAGACUUUUCUUUCUGGAGUUUUUGCUUCCUUUAUUUGUCCUAUUGCAUCAUCCCUGUUUAUCUGCUGUGAGGCUAAGAGCUUUUGGAUUUCCUUCUAAAUAUCCAUCCAGAAGGUCAAAAGCUUGUGGAUGUCGGUGGGACUUCCUAUAAACAAGUAGUUGCUCAGCUGGGCCUGUGAGGUGAUUGUUUCACUGGGUGAUUGUUGGGACUCUCCAGGUUGCUCACCUGGCUGCUGGCGUGGGAGUAGGAGGCAGGCCUUUCUGGCAGGAAUCCCAGGCCCAUUUCCUCAGCUCUUCCCCAGCCCCACUGGGGAGUUGAGACUGUUUCCAGAAGGCCUGAAUAGGAAGGGCCAAAGCACAAUUUGGCAGUGGAAGGAGCUGAGGCUUUGCAGACCACGCUGCCGGCAGGAGGGAGCCCAGCCUGGCCACCUGCUACAUCUCAGGCCCUCAUCUGACAGGCCUCUCCUGCUGAUGAAAAGAAAGAGGAAAAAUGGACUACAGUCACCAGACUUCCCUAGUCCCAUGUGGACAAGAUAAAUACAUUUCCAAGAAUGAACUUCUCUUGCAUCUGAAGACCUACAACUUGUACUAUGAAGGCCAGAAUUUGCAGCUCCGACACCGCGAGGAAGAGGAUGAGUUCAUCGUGGAGGGGCUGCUGAACAUCUCCUGGGGGCUGCGCCGGCCCAUCCGUCUGCAGAUGCAGGAUGACAACGAACGCAUUCGCCCCCCGCCGUCCUCUUCCUCUUGGCACUCCGGCUGUAACCUGGGGGCUCAGGGCACCAUUCUGAAGCCCCUCACCAUGCCCAACAUUCAGAUCUCAGAGGUGGAUGCCCUGCCCGAGAGCGACCAGACGCCGAGCCCCACAGACUCCAGGGGCCUCAAGUCCCUGCCGGAAGACACCCCACAGCUGAUGCGCACACGUAGUGAUGUUGGGGUACGUCGUCGUGGCAACGUGAGGACACCCAGUGACCAGCGGCGAAUCAGACGCCACCGCUUCUCCAUCAAUGGCCAUUUCUACAACCACAAGACGUCAGUGUUCACACCAGCCUAUGGCUCCAUUACCAAUGUCCGCAUCAACAGCACCAUGACCACUCCACAGGUCCUGAAGCUGCUGCUCAACAAAUUCAAGAUUGAGAACUCGGCAGAGGAGUUUGCUUUGUACGUGGUCCAUACCAGUGGCGAGAAACAGAAGCUGAAGAACACCGAUUACCCCCUGAUUGCCCGGAUCCUCCAGGGCCCAUGUGAGCAGGUCUCCAAAGUGUUCCUUAUGGAGAAGGACCAGGUGGAAGAAGUCACCUAUGACGUGGCUCAGUAUAUAAAGUUUGAGAUGCCUGUUCUUAAAAGCUUCAUUCAGAAGCUCCAAGAGGAAGAAGAUCGGGAAGUAAAGAAGCUGAUGCGCAAGUACACUGUGCUCCGGCUAAUGAUUCGGCAGAGGCUGGAGGAGAUAGCUGAGACCCCAGCAACAAUCUGAGCCACAAGAAGGAGGGGAUCCAGAUGCCGCGGGAGCUGCUGUUGACCUGAGAAGGCCCACAGGAAGUGCUUUCCAUGGAAAUAUUUAAAUGCGAACCUUUCCAGCCCCCAAACCAUCUACCUGCUGCCCCGAGCAGGAUGGAGAAGCCAGCAGACAUCUCCCCUUCCUUUCUUUCCCUCACAAGGACUUUCCAUUUUUGUUAUAAGGAGGACCUAAACUGUGUGUGUAUGUGUGUGUGUGCGCACGCACUCAUGCACGUGCAUGGUACACAUACACAUGCCCACCUGAUAUAUUCACACGCAGUUAAAUUCCAAGCAACCAGCACAAGUGCUAUGAGGCUAGCAGACUGCUGCUCGUGGGCAGAAAAAUCAGAGGAGUCACUGAUCUGAGGGGUUUUAGGCUGAAGAAAAGAUUUCUUGGAGUUCCUGCUGUGGCACAACAGGAUCAUCAGUGUCUUGGGAGCACUGGGAUGAGGGUUUGAUCCCUGGUUGGGCACAGUGGGUUAAGGAUCCGGCAUUCCUGCAGCUGUGGCUUAGGUCACAACUACCGCUUGAUCUGAUCCCUGGCCCAGGAACUCCAUAUGCUGUGGGGCAGCCAGAAAAAAAAAAAAAAAAAAAAAUUUCUCCUCUCAAGUACCAGGGAGCAGCAUGUUUAGAAGGGGAAGGAGGCUUAGCAAACUCACUAUCUGGGAUAUUUAUGUGUGAAUAGACAUUCUCCCUGUAUGCCUGGAAGGAUCUGUGAAUGUGAGAUCCUUGGAAAUUAACAAACUAAUGAACAAACCAUGCCCUUGAGGCAGAUCUGAUGGAAAGAACAAGAUAAACCAUCAUUCGGGUAGAUGCAAUAAGCCCACAAGUUUUUACACUGGAAACUUCUAUUGUUUUAAACAAGAAAGACAUAGGGGAUGAGCUGUGUGGAUGCCAGUGAAGAAUGCAUUCUGCCUCUGAUAUUGCUCUCAGCGUGUCCAGCCGCUGACCCCAACUCUGGUGCCUCUCUGUGUUGAAAGAAGCAUCUUAAGAAACAGUCCUUGCGGGUUUGUACAUGAUGCUGACUGGCUGGUGACGCCAGGGCCUGGUCUUGUGUGCCUGGAAAGUCACCCUCCUUAGGGAAAAGUGUAGGCUCCUUGCAGAAAUGACAGGUGCCUGGAAGUCCACCCAUUUUCACAUCAUCAAGGGGUCUUCCUGUACUUGGAGCUGAAGCCCUGAGUUUGAAGUCAUGGCUUUCUACUUGCAAACCACUGGUGCAAGUGGCCCUCACAUCGUGUGUGGAGAUGGACUCCAGGAAUGAAGACUCACCCUUCGGGGCUGCCCUGUGAUGGUCCGAGUAGCCACCUGGGUGAUCUUUAGAGCAGACCCCAGUGGAGGGGGAAGGACAGGAAGCGUGUGUCCCCUGGGGUCCCACUGGAAAGGUUGCCAGGGAGCUUGGCUCUAGGGAAGCUGGUCCUGUUUGGAGAGGGCCAGAUACAUGCUUGGAGCAGCGUGCCUAGUUAUGGAGGUCAACCAAGCGAGGCAAGGAGCUCCUAACAGCAGGUGCCUGGGCCUUGUAGGGGUAGGGGGCUCCCCAUCUCUUCCCCACCUCCUUUCUGAAGAAAGUUUGGAAAGUUGGGCAGUUGAGCAAAGAGCCACUGAUCCAUGCCUGCAGGGAAGGUGGACUUUGGCAGCAGAGCUGUCUCUGCCCCAGCACCCUUGCUCCCAACCCGCAGCUGUGGCUUCCUAGGCCACUUUAGAAGCCUCACAGCUGUGGUCUCAUUGUUAACUUUCAAAAAGACGGAGUCCUCAGCGAGCUCACCACUUCCGUGGGAAGUUCCACCAGCGCUGUGGGGCGUGGACUGGAAAUCCAGAGAGCCUUCAUCUCAAGCAGACACCUCGGUGGGCUUCUGCACAAUGCUCAGAACAAACUGGGGGCCGAGGGAGAGACUUCCUUUGUUACAUACAGAUGGGAACGGGCAAUUCUGUGAAUGCAAACAUACUUCCUGAGUUUUGCAUUUGAGAAAUGACUUAGAAAACUUCUUUUCCGGUUAUUUUUAUGUUGAAUGUUCAAAGCCUUUUAUGACUCCAGUCAUCCUCCUUGGGUAGCUAGGGGGACAAGUUUCCACAAAGCAAAUGACUAAUGACUACCUUUUCUUAGAUAGAUGUUUUUGGUUUAUCAAAGUUCUCUUUAAUUUGCACUAGCACUGUGAUAGUGUUCAAUAUGGACAUGCGGCAGAAUGUCCGGUUUGCUAGAUCACUUUCUGAGAAAGUGAUACUAAGGUAGACUUGGCUUUUUUUUUUUUUUUUUUUUUUCCUUUUGCCAUUUCUUGGGCCACUCCCGCGGCAUAUGGAAGUUCCCAGGCUAGGGGUCCAAUAGGAGCUGUAGCCGCCAGCCUAUGCCAGAGCCACAGCAACGCAGCAUCCAAGCCACGUCUGCAACCUACACCACUGCUCACGGCAACUUUGGAUCCCCAACCCACUGAGCAAGACCAGGGAUCGAACCUGUAACCCCAUGGUUCCUAGUCGGAUCCGUUAACCACUGAGCUACGAUGGGAACUCCUAGACUUGGCUUUUUAAAGAUGGAGGAUUGGGAUGGAAUCAAGGGGAAACCGUAUCUUAUAUAACACGUUCCACUUAACUGCAGGCCACACUUUUCCUUUUUGGCUUAUCCUGUUUAGAAAUCUUUUCUCACGCGCUAGUAACCCCAUCAGGAAUUUUGGAAAAGUUCUUUGAAAUAGCAGCAGCUGAGACAGUCCUUGGCAAUGUGGAGCCAGAUUUUCUCACUGGUAUCACAUGGCUUUGAACUUCUGGACUGACUUGUGUGGGUUUAUGUAAUAGCGUGCAACGAACCUGAAAUCAUGUGAAGAACAAAAGGCCAGUUUAUAGGGUUUUUUUCCCUCACUUGUGAAAAGCUCCACAGUCACAUCUGGCUUUCUUUUUCCCGGGGCUUAAGUUACAAGGUGAUCAAAUGAAGGAAAAACACCCAAGUUCAUCUGGUUGGAAAAGGGGGGUCGGACCUCCCAGGUGAUGGUGGAAUUAAGCACAAGGUUAUGUUCUUAGUCGUCACAAGAGCGGGAAGGUGAUGAGUUAAAUUGAGGGGGGUGGGGGGAGUGGUUACCUUGGGGAGGGACUGAAAAGCACAGACAAUAGGUUUGCCUCUGCAAACUGGUGAGGAACGUGCACCCUGUCUCAGGCUUGUGGACUUUAACUCUGAGUUGAGGUUGAGCCAAGAGGAUCUCAGAUUAGUCACCCACUUCUGUGACAAAUGCUAAGCCCUGAGCUUGAGGUUUGGGUCUAAGACUUCAAGGAGAAAUAUUUUCCCCCUUUCCUCCUCCCUACAGAAAGAAAACAAUACUCUUUCCUUGAGAUCUCCAAACAAAGACAUUUUAUCUGUGUAGAUAAGACUGUGGGAUAUAAUGACAAAACCCAAACAAACCCUGUUCUCCAAUGCAAAAAUUCUUGGCAACAAUUUCUUUCUUGGGCGUGGGGCGGUUAUUUUGGGUUUUGGUUUGAAGGGUGGAAGGAGAAAUGGACCACAGAAGGGCAGGAAGCUCUUUUAAGAAGAGAAUGCUCUCUAAAACAACUGUUUAAUGGAGUUCCUGUCAGUAGCUCAGCCGUGAUGAAGCCAGCCGACUCGUGUCCAUGAGGAUGCAGGUUUGAUCCCUGGCCCCGCUCUGCGGGUUAAGGAUCCUGCUUUGUCAUGAGCUGUGAUGUAGGUUGCAGAUGCAGCUCGGAUCCUGCAUUGCUGUGGCUGUGGUAUAGGCUGGCAGCUGCAGCUCCCAUUCAACCCUUAGUCUGGGAAUUUCAAAAAAAAAGGCAACAACUAUUUCAAAGCCUCGUAGAGUGGAGAACGUGGUGCCACAGAUCCAUCUCCAAGACAGAAAUUUCUGUAUGCACAAAGAAUUCCAGUCUUGUGCUGAGACUGAGCCACCACUGAGGGCAGAGAUCUUGUUGAGCAUGUGAGGCAGCAGCACAAAUUCUCAAGUCUCUACUUAAAUUGUUUUACACAAAGUCUUCUUGUUGGAGGCAGAUGAGAAAUGAUCUCCUAGAGAGAUAAAAAUAAAAAUAAGUAUGGCACCCCUUCUUUUGUAUGUAGUAGGCAACGUUGACCCUGCCAGGGAGGUUACAGCGCCCCCUGUGCUGUCGCCAAGCAACAGACGCGGACAAGCUGUGAAAGGAGAGCCUCCGUUUACCUGUUGCCCAGUUUGAUGGUCACUGCUAGUGUUUCUUAAGGGUUUCCCCACUUGUUUUAGCUUUGUGAAGUAUUUUUCGCUUAAUCAUAACUUGCCUUUCAAGCAAUGGUACAUGACCUGGUUCAAUGUUUGGUUCUGAAUUUAUAAACUGAUGUGUUUAGGUAUCUUAAUGUAACUUGACAAGUCCUCAGUAGGCAGCUGUGAAUUUCUGUAACAUUUUGAUAGGUUUUAAAGCACCUGACUUAGACCUUGUUGAAUAAAGCACUUUUCAAAGAGAA